AAAAUAUUUUGUGCAAGAAAUAAGCUAAUUAUAUAGUGUACACUGCACUUAGAAGUGGAACAAAUAGCAUUAACAGCUGCCGGCUGAUGUUGUUUAUCGCAUAAACAUCAAUGUGAAUUGUUUAAUAAACAUUGGCAAACGGCGGCUUGCAAAAAUUGAGCGCCUUUUUUCUAUUUGGUUUGUAACUGUCUGUGUCUGUGGCCCACAUUGAGGCUUGGCCAAAAUACCGUACCACAGCUGAGGACGCGCAUGCUACUCAAAAUUAAAAGUUAAUAAAUUUAAAAGUCGCGAGAAGUAAACAAAUAAAACACAUUAAAAUGCCAAUUUGCAAGCGAGAUGGUUUUGAAGUCAAUCCGAAGGAGACCAAAAAUGAUACAUUCCACGAUAAUGAUAUGGUCUUUUGUUGCUAUAUAACCAAGCGCAUAUUCCGGGAUUACGACGAUUACUUCCGUCACGUCAUGGCCAUCAAUUCAACUGUAUGGCAAUGCGAGGCUACUGGCAAGGAUGGCCUCACCUACGAGGAGGCAAUGAAAAGCGAACGCGCUGCACACAAAAAAAUGGAACAAUUCAAACAAAGUUUGCGCGCGCCCGUGCUGCUGGUAAUUGAAGCUGCUCGACAAUCCGCCGUUAACACGCUUGUGCUGUUGGUGUCCAAAUUUCUACGCAAGCGUUACUUUCUCAAUGAGGAAAUUGGUUUUAGUCAGAAGCGUGCGCUUUAUAAAGUGGUGGGCAUCAUUCCAGUCGAGGGCAUGGCGCCUCCAAGCAAUGGCGUCUAUGAGGAAACAGAACAGCUGGAGUAUCGUCUGCGAGCGCCGAAUGGCGAGGAAAUCAGCGCCAGCUUCGAGCAGAUGCGUCGCUCACGCGUCGAGUUCAACAUGGAUAACCUAACUAUGUUCAUCAAAAACAGCGUUCAACGUGUGGAUGGCAUACUGCAUCCCAAGCCAGAGGUGUAUAAACAAUAUGUAACCGAUCCAAAGCUAAAUUUCGGCAGCAUUUUCAUAGGCAAAAUGCCGCGCUACUCGCCCUCAAAGACCAAGCGACCAGAGCCGAAGGACAACAGCAAAAAGCAGUCAACGCUAAACAAAUAUAUAGUUAAAGGCGAGGAAACAAACAGCAGCAGCAACCACAACAACAGCAUUAGCAAGGAGGAUGCCAAGGCCAAGGCGCAGGCUUUGGCUGCUGAAAUGGAACGCAUGCGUUUGGAGAAGCAAGCCAAGAUAGAGGCACAGGAGCGUCAGAAGGCACAAUUGAAGUUGGAGCUAAUGCAACGCGUUAAUGAAGAGAUUAAUUAUUUAACUGUUAAGUCAGAUGACUUGGAGCGCACAGAUCAGCGCGUGUUGCCAAGCUUCCAGCCCAUUGUCACACUGCUGCCUGAGCCGAUGCUAGGCGAUGGCUUUAUGCUGCGCGAAUUCUUUCACACCUACUGCGGACUGCUGUCGGGCGUGGAAGUAUUCCGCAAUAAUCUAAAUUUCUAUGAACUGACGCGCGCCUUUACCGCACGCGAGGUUGUGGGUCCACUCUCCGAUAUACUGCUCGUGCUGCUGGGCACUAUAUUUGAUCUGCAACGCGAGGAGGAAGAAGAAAACUCGGCACAAUAUUUGAAUGGACGCUUGCAAGAGAAAAACAAUCUGCUGGAGCCGAUCUAUAGCAUGUAUCAGGCUUCGCGCACUCAAAACUUUGUGCGGCGUCAUUACAACUUUCAUUUGAAUGAACUGCCACUGGAUGCGCUGACUCUAAGCGAAGCGCUGCGACUGCAUUUAUUAGCCUCAGGCGCUGUUGUCACAGAUCGACUGGAGCGCUGGCGUUAUAGCUAUCGCAAUGGCUACAAUGCACGCGAGGAUCCGGGCCUGGAGCUGCGUUGGAAAUCGCCGCAUAUACUACGCGCGUUGCGCAGCGUACCCAUUGGCAGCCUCGACUUUGGCGAUAUCAUGUGCAUAGCGCGCUGCCUCAUGGCUCAGAUACUCACCUACUCCUCCACCAUCAACAUUAUGGAAGAGCGCAUGGAGCAAAUGGCCAAGGCUAAGAACGAACUGCGCUCGCUUGUGCACACCGAGAAUCGUCGUCUGGCUGCUGUGGAGCUGAGCAAGCGUAAGCUCACGAAUGAGCACUAUCAGCAAAUGAUGACUGUGGAUCAGCCGGAGCAGAAGACUGCGAUGCAGACGCAGCUGAACAAACGCAUCGCCGAAGUCUGUGCGCAGUCGGAUCGCGAGCAUCGCAAGCAUGAGCAGCAAACGCUUGAGCUGCAUACACAGCUGUUUAAUUUUCUGGUCUACUUGGGCAUGGAUCGUUGCUAUCGCAAGUACUAUGUGCUGGAAUCGAUGCCGGGCAUAUUUGUGGAGCAUGCGCCGGAUGUGGACAUGGAUUGCUGUCUGACAGAACCGCCGGUUAAUAAGACUGCUGCCGAGCUGGAGAAGCAAGCGCAGCUGCCCACCAAGCGUGACAAGCUGCGUCAGCAUUUGCUGGCUGAAGCAAAGAGUCAACAAAGUAAGCCCAGCGUAAAUGGUCAUCAGCAAUCGUUGGAGAAUAAAGAGAAUCAAGAGAACCAGCAUCAAACCAAUGGACAUGCAGCAGCAGUUGAGGAACUAGCAGACGAUCCCACUCCACAACAGUUGCUCAUGUGCAGCGGCAAUCCCAGCAAUUGCAUUGUGCAUGCAGCUGAGCAUGACGAGCGUCAAACUUGGAGUUAUAUAUACAAGACCGAGGAUAUAGCUGCGCUUAUUGCGGCGCUGAAUCCUUUGGGCAGACGUGAGGGCGAGCUAAAGACCGAACUGAGUCAGCUGCGCACACUAAUCGAGGAGCAUGUCAAGAGCUGUCCCGUUGAGAUGCUCAGUCUGAACGAUGAGAGGAAGCGCAAGAAGUUUACCUACAACAUGCAUGUGGAGACGCAGCGUCGCUAUAACCAAGCGAACUUUGGCUUGCCCGAGGGCACAGAUCUGAACGAGGUGAUGCGCCUGCAUUUGAUUGAUCGCAUACUGCAGUUCGAGAGCGAUAUAUACACCGGCGAUCUGGGCAAACUGAAGGUGAAGGACAUGGAGAAGUGGCGCCAACAGCUGCUGGCUGGCAACUAUGAGCCGCAGGCUAAGCUGCAGUGGGGUUUGCAUAGCGAUGUGGCGCAGCUGCAUAGCGGCGACGAGGAUGAGGAAUUGGACGAUGAGGAGGCGCAUUUGGCAAGCUCAAAGCAUGUGUAUGUCGAUCCAGGUGCGCAGCUGGAGCAGAAGGAGCCUGUAGUCAUACCCGAGACGCAGCUAACGCAAGUGCGCAACUUGUGCAGCGCUUUGUUGCAAGUGGAGCAGUCGAUUGGACGACGUUUUCUCAAGGAACCGUUUGGCUCGCAGAAGAAAGACAGCGCCGAGCAAAGCAAAAGCGAAGUGCGCCUGCAGCAUUGGGAAACGUCAAUGAUGCAGUGCACCAGCUAUGCGCAAGUGUUUCUGCAUCUCAAUGUGCUCAACGACUGCAUCUUAUGGAAGCGCUCCACCAACAAGUCACUCUGCAAAGUCUGUCGCCGUGGCAGCGAUCCGGACAAGAUGCUGCUGUGCGACGAAUGCAAUGGUGGCACACACAUGUUCUGCAUGAAGCCCAAGAUGCGCACAGUGCCCGAGGGCAAUUGGUAUUGUCGCACUUGUGUUGAGGAUUUGGGUCUGAAGAAUCAGAACGAGCAAAAAUCACGCGCAUCGCAAAGAAAACGCAAAUUUGUUGAAGAGGAAGAAGAGGAGGAGCAGGAGGAUGACGAGGAAGAUGAGGGAGUAGCUGAGGUGAACGCUGGCGAAGAGGAGGAGGAAGCGGAGCUAAGCGAUGCGCCAGAUGAUAAAAGUGAAGUAAGCUCCGAGGGCAAAUAUAACAGCAAAGCAGCGCGCAUUACACGUCGGCGCUCGGCACGGCGACUAAAUUCCAAAGAAAUUGAAAAGGCGGCACAAGAAAGUGACGACGAAGAGGUGGAAGAAGAGCAGGAAGAGGAAGAAGAGGAGGAGGAAGAGGCGGAGGAGGAGCAAACCAAAGAUGAAAAAGUUUGUCUUAUCUGUUUCUACGAUGGCUGCGAGGUGACUUGCAAGCGCUGCGAUGAUUGUUACCACAUCGAGUGCCUCAAUAUUAAAAACAAACCACGUGCCCAGUUCGUCUGCAAGCGCUGCCAGCAGAGCGGCACACCCAAACAGAAGCGACGCACCAGUCGAGUCGAUGGUCAUCCGGAUGAUGAUGAUGAUGAGCCGCAGUCUAAGCGCUUGCGUUCCACACGCGGCUCACGCAAAUCUUUAGACAAAUCAAAUAACAAUAAUAAUACCAGCAGCAGCAACAACAAUAAUAACAGCACCAGCAACAAUAACAACAAUCGACGCUCGGGACGUCGCGCCCAUGACAAUCUGCCCCUAAAUAGCGCCGCCUUGUACGAUCUGCUGGAACAGACUAUGAAACAAAAAGCGGCGUGGCCUUUUCUGCGACCCGUGCUCUCCUCCGAAGUGCCCGACUACUACAAAAUAAUUAAAUCACCCAUGGACUUGGCCAAAAUCAAAUCCAAACUUAAUAUGGGCCAAUAUCAGUUGAACGAGGAGCUACUCAGCGAUAUACAGCUGGUGUUCAAGAACUGCGAUCUCUAUAAUGUGGAAGGCAAUGAGAUUUAUGACGCUGGUUGUGAGUUGGAACGUUUCGUUUUGGCGCGUUGCAAGGAGAUGUCGCUGCCGUUUCGACCCAGUGACAUGAACGUCGAUGCAUGCUGAGCAGAAACUUCGUAUUUAAAUUAAACUUAGCUUAAUCUUUAAGCCAGCUUAAGACAGUAUUUGUUUAGUUACCACCAGCGGCAUUUUAGCUUUAAGGCCACCUUUAGUUCGUAAGCCUAGAGUGCAGUUUAGUAAUUGUUUCUACUUCAAGUUUAAGGUUGAGAAAUACAAAAACACUGUUGGCUCGAUUUGUGUUUCAAGACUUUAUUAUCGUAUAGUAUAUGCAAAGAUAACUUCAAAUAAUAUUAAUUGUAGACACGCGCACAAUUCAUUGAUAUUAUCAAACAAUAAAUUAUGUAAACUAAAUACUGCUUGUAAAUUUAACUGUAUAUAGUUGCGUGUCUAUAAACUAUGUGUAAGUACAUAAAUUAAUUAAUAGCUAACUGAUUUGAUUUGUAAGUUUAGCCCAUUUGUGGGCGAUCUAAUAGUUCUUUGUAUGUAGCUCACAAAUUACUUAAAAAAUAAAAUGCAUGCAAUUAUAUAGUAUAUGAUGUCGUAUAUAUCAUUUUUAGAAUCACAUUAACAUCCAGCAUUGUUUAAACAUUUUAAUGGGUGUGCAAAAUGUGUGCGUUUAAUGUUUGAAAUUUUUACUUUAUUUCACUUUUUUUUUUUGGAGAU